UCCGAGCCCCGCCCGCCCCGUCCCGCCCGCCCCGUCCUGUCCCGUCCCGCUGCCGCUGCCCGCUCCGGUACCGGCUCCGCUGCGCUCCCGGCCAUGAGCAGCUCCCAGUUCAACAAGGGCCCCUCCUACGGCCUCUCCGCCGAAGUCAAGAACCGGCUCGCCCAGAAGUACGACCCACAGAAGGAGGCUGAGCUGCGGACGUGGAUCGAGAGCGUCACGGGGCAGGAGAUCGGGCCUGACUUCCAGAAGGGGCUGAAGGAUGGGGUGAUCCUCUGCGAGCUCAUGAACAAGCUGCAGCCCAACGCGGUGCGGAAGAUCAACCGCUCGGCUCAGAACUGGCACCAGCUCGAGAACCUCUCCAACUUCAUCAAGGCCAUGGCCAGCUACGGCAUGAACCCCGUGGACCUCUUUGAAGCCAACGACCUCUUUGAGAGCGGGAACCUGACGCAGGUUCAGGUGUCGCUGCUGGCACUGGCGGGCAUGGCCAAGACAAAGGGGAUACAGAGCGGGGUGGACAUCGGCGUGAAGUACUCGGAGAAGCAGCAGAGGAACUUUGAUGAGGCCAAGAUGAAGGCUGGGCAGUGCGUGAUCGGCCUGCAGAUGGGCACCAACAAGUGCGCCAGCCAGUCCGGCAUGACGGCCUAUGGCACCAGGAGGCAUCUCUAUGACCCCAAGAAUCAGAUCCUGCCGCCCAUGGACCACUCCACCAUCAGCCUCCAGAUGGGCACCAACAAGUGUGCCAGCCAGGUGGGCAUGACGGCUCCCGGCACCCGGAGACACAUCUACGACUCCAAGAUGGGGACGGAGAAGUGCGACAACUCCUCCAUGUCGCUGCAGAUGGGCUCCAACCAGGGCGCCAACCAGAGCGGGCAGGUCUUCGGCCUCGGCCGCCAGAUCUACGACCCCAAGUACUGCCCACAGGGCAGCCAGGGCGAGGUGGCCAACGCCACGGGCGACCCGAGCGGGGACCCCCCCGGGUACCACUACUACUGCGAGGAGGAGGAGAGCUACUGAGUGGGAUGGGGCCCAGCCCCAUCUCGCACCAUCUCAUGUACAGACCCUGCCACAUUCCAGCCUCUGCUUCCAUCAUUCCUUCUGGUUUAAUUUGAAAAUGGAUCUAUUUUUCUGAGCAAGGAAAUAAAGACCCUGUUUCUAGAGAAGAGAA